ACCCAAACUGGCUACCCAACAAGCGAGCGGCGGCGCCGCCGCCUUCGCUCUCAACUCCGGCGGCCGGCGCAACUCCGGCGGCGAAGACGGUGCGGGCGGAGCCACGGAGGUGGACGCCGCACGUGGAUGGAUUCAACGGAAACGUAAUGCGAGGAGGUCAAGGAGAAGUUUCAUCUCGAUUCUCCCCUCUCCUCGACCCGAGAUUUCCGCCCCUCUGCUGGUUGCUUCCAUUGGAGUGCCCCUGCCGCGCAUCAGGUGUUUCCAUGGCAGCAAGAUUGGGUUCAGUAACACUGGCAAAAUGCGCAAAUGAGACUGUUACAUAUGGAGGCUUUCUCCCCACAGAAAAAAGUUGAGCACAUUAUGUGCUAUCAUUGUACUUGUCCCGUGCUUAUGAGAACAUGUUCAAAGGAAGAGCUAAGCUUGCGCCUGUAAAUUCAGCUUGGAAGCUGAAAACAAGAUGGAUGAGCUUCUACGGGUACAGAGGGAGCUUCUACGAUUUCAGUGACUGCUAUCCAAGCAUUUCCACCGAUGGGGAAAUACUGACAUCUAACUUGUUUCAGGCACAGUAAUAGCUUUGACAGGUCUGGUAAAAUAGCCAGAUUCUAGAGGGAGUGAAGACUGUGUGCAACGAAUGAGGUGAAACUUAAAAGUGAGAGUGACAGCUAAAGAUACCAAGAUUGCUCUCCACUUUCCCUACAAAACUUCUCUCUCAUGGCGGUACUCCAAAGCAAAGAAUCCUAGAAAAAAAGGGCGCAAGCACAGCACUGCAGCUUCCUAUCUCCUUUAUUUGGUCUUCCAUUGCUUCUUGUUGCUGAGGUUGCCUUCCUAUUGCCCCCUUCCCUUUUCCACUCUUCUACCAACACUUGCUUCAGGCUACUGAGGGCUUUGGCUUCUCGGUGUUGUCGCUACAGAUACGCGGCUGAAGUUUAUUAAGAUUGGGAAGAGGUUCAAACUAGUACAACAAUUACAGCUGCCAUGGAGGCUAAGAGCUGCCAACGUUUUAUCUGAGGGUAAAAUUCAAGAAGAUAUAUAUGGCUUUUGGUGCAAAUGACAUUGUGUUGCAUAUCAAGAGACUAAUGUAUUCAUCUGUCAGAAUUGGAUAUCAAUUUGCUUGUGAUUACCCUAUAGUACUAGCUGCUGGCGUUUUGUUGCUGUUUCUACACAGGCUUUGCCCUUCUCUAUUCAACUUCUUGCUGUCUUCAUCUCCAGUCUUCCUGUUAACUGCACUUCUGCUUGGAGCACUUUUGAGUUAUGGUGAACCUGCUGUUCUUGUUCUUGGAGAGAAUCAACAAACUUUGUCCUUUAAAUCCAAGAUUUCCAUUACUGACUGUUCGAUUGACAAGGUUGAGACUGUUGCUGUCGAGGAGCACUUGGAUAAAACAACUACCAGUAAUGAAGUAUAUGUCAGGGAAAGAAAUUUUGAGGGUAAUAUACAUGACACUCACUGGGAAGAGAAAAAUGGCACCUACAUGACAGUUGAUACUGCUCUAAAUGAGGAAAUACAUACGAAGGAUGGAACUUCUGAUUAUGAUUUGCAGGAUACCCACCGUGAAGGAAAAGGUAUCACAUCAGUGGAAACUGAUACUGUUCCUUGUGUGGCGCCUUCAAGUUUUGCCUACAGUGGUGUAACUGUGGAAACUGAAGACGUUGGGGAGAACAGCAAGAAGAAUGAUGAGCUGCAAGAACUUGGAAGCAUCAAUCCUGAAAGUGAUAACAAUAAAGUACAAUAUCAAUAUCAGUUAGGUGAGUUUAUGAGUUCAUGUUGGGAACCUGUUAUGAGACAGGAGCCACAGGAUGCUUGUUCUGAUUCUGAAUCUGAUCUUACUGAGAGUUCUCCUGAUGCAUCAAUGACUGACAUUAUUCCAAUGCUUGAAGAGUUGCACCCAUUAAUAGACUUGCAAACUGGCCACCCUUCAUUGGUCUCCAGAGACAACUUGAAUACUUCUUCGGAUGAUGAUGAAGAUGAUCUUGAGGAGGAGGAUGCUAGCACAGAUGAAAAUCAAUUGGAAGGGAAAAUAGAUGAUUUUGCUAACUGGAAGGAUGUUAUUGAUCUAAAUUACUUGGAUAUGGACAAUAAUAGCAAGCUGGAGGGUAUGAUGGAUCUGCAAAGAGCAAAGAACAUUCUGAAAUUUGAACUUGACAAGAGGUUAAUGGACUUGCAAGCAGCUGAUGCAGUACAGAAAAUGGAGGAGGCAUCACGCUUCCGUGUGCAGGUUCCCUCCAUUUCCACUGGAAGGCAGAACCCAUUUGAUUCUUCAAAUGGCUCAGAUGAAAUAAUCGAGUUACCACAUGUUCCUGAUUCAGCACCGUCUUGUCUCCUUCCACGGAAAAAUCUAUUUGAUCUUGCAGUCAACCAAAAUAUGGCCCAUGAUAGUCCAUUGCAAGAAACUUGGACUCCUCUUUCGUACUUUUCAGCAAGACGGCAUAGAAAGCAUGGAAACUUAUAUGUUAGGCACUCUACUAGCCUGCAUCACAAUAGCUUCAAACUGGAGAAAGAUGAAAUAAGUGAAAAUGAUGCCCAUAAAUCCCAUAAUAGUCAGUCAGACGGUGAUGCCAAGCAAGAAAGGAACAACAGCACGUUAUUUGGUUCACUGGAAGCACAUAUAGGCGAAGAAAUCAAAAUAUUAGGCAUGGCAAUUUCAGAGGUGGGUGUAUUAGAAGUAAAUUCUGGAAUGGUUAGCAGUAACCAAAAUGCUGAUUUCAGUGAUGAUAUCAGUUCAUCUCCUUUCCAGAAGCCUAGACAAAGCACUUUCGAAGCUAAGGAUACAGUACAUGCAGGUAUUGAGCAAUUAACAUCGUGUUCCCCUUACAAGGUAAAUAAUUUUGAGGCACAUAUUGUUGAAGCAGACUCCAUUGAUGAAUUUAACUCAUUGUUUAAGUGUCGUAUGGAGGAAGUACUAGUGCAAUCCAUCUCAAAGUCCAGUAUCAGUCAACCCUUGACAGUUAAACUUGAAGAUGAAUUGAGUGAACCAUUAUCUCCAGAUUCUGGGACUGGGACACAUUUCAUUGACGGGAGUUCAGUUGAAGAUUCGGAUCCACGAUUUGCACAGCUCAAUGAUGAAGCACUGGUAUCUUCUACUUCUAACGCAACAUGUCGUAAUGAGUCAAUUGAAGAGAAAUCAAGUGAAGCAUUACUGGCAGGAAACGAAGAUUAUUCAGAACUGCCAAAUGAACUGUUAAAAUCAGGAGAUCCACAGACUGCAGAUAGUUCUGAGAUUCAAGUGCAGGUUAUUGAUGCUACAGGUCACUGAAUGAUGAGACAAGGGCCUAAAACAAGGCCAAACAGCCAAUUUCUCAGAGAGAUCUGUAAAGCAUAGAUAGUCCAGUAUUAGCUCUCUGAACAGGUUUCUUGCCCCCCUUUGUUCCAACUUGCUCUAUGGCGUCUGGAUUUAACUUUUCCUCUUCUUAAUACAAAAUGUGCAGCAAUCAUGCUGUUUUUCUUCAAAAAACUUUUCUCAGGAAGUCCGUAAUGUCAGAAAUAUCCAAGGAACAAUGGAUGUCCAUAUGGUUUCUGCUUGUUUCUUCUCUUUUGUUUAUGCUUAUUUGGUUUCGGUUUUGCGCUAAUAGGUUAGCUAUGAGAGUAGAUGAUAUUGAUAUGAAACACCAGUUGCAGUUGCGGUGUGAUAUCCAGUUAGUCAAGACGAUCUUUCUGUCGCUGCC